AUGGCUCUUCUCCGACAUCUUUCCUCCAAAGGCUUGCAGCCUGCCAUUGCAAGUCGCGCCGCGCCUUUCCAACGCUCUUUAUUAUCGUGUCUUCGUCCACGCUGUCGCGCCUUCCAUGCCUCGUUUGCGAACUCGUCAAAGGCUUCGACCCCUUCCAACUCAUCAACCCCGCCCUCGGAAACCAAGCCGGACCUCUCGAAAUCCCCAUCGCCAGCUCCCUCGUCUUCCGUGAAUUCAUCGCUGCCCGACGGCUGGGAGGAUGAGCCGAACUUCAACAUCAAGACGUUUGCCGAGUUGCCAACGGGGCGCGACUUUGGCCUGAACCAGCACAUGGUUGAUAUGAACCGCGACUUCACCGAGGCAUUGAGGCAAAUAAUAUGGCAAUUUCGCGCCCCGAUUCGCUACGCCUUUGCUUAUGGCUCCGGCGUAUUUCCUCAGAGCAGUGCUACCAGCUCCACCUCGCUCUCUCCGCACCCGAAUCCUCCCGAAGCAAUCAAGAAAUGGCAGAGCGGCGGCGAGAAGGUCAUCGACUUCAUUUUUGGCGUCACCUACACCCAGCACUGGCAUUCUCUGAAUCUGGCCCAGCACAGGGACCAUUACUCUUUUCUUGGCUCAGCUGGGUCUUGGGCGGUGUCUCAAGUCCAGGAUAGGUUUGGGGCGGGCGUCUAUUUUGCGCCGUACAUCACCGUGAACGGCACGCUCAUCAAAUAUGGCGUCGUCAACCUGGACACUCUGCAGCGCGACCUUAGCGAGUGGAACACACUCUACCUCGCUGGAAGACUGCAGAAGCCAGUCAAGAUACUUCGCGACGACGCGCGCAUCCGGCUUGCCAACCAAGUGAACCUGAUAUCAGCGGUGCGCACUGCGCUCCUUAUGCUGCCCGAAAAGUUCACCGAAACCCAACUGUUCAACGCCAUUGCCGGGCUCAGCUACAUGGGAGAUCCGCGCAUGUCAUUCAACUCGGAAAACCCUCACAAAGUCUCCAACAUCGUUAGGCACCAAUUACGACACUUCCGGCGUCUGUAUAACCCUCUUAUUGAGACGCUUCCCAAUGCUACCCAUACAGACGCUCGUGUCAAGACGCCGGGAUGGGAGCUUGACGUUCCACCAGGCGUCGACAUUACCAUGGAGCAAGACAUGGAUCCAGUAAAACGCGGAAACAUGGUGCGCCGCCUGCCGAAAUCGUUCCGCGAGAAAAUUUACUUUGCAUACCAGCGUCAAUACGGAAUCUCGGGCGCAGAAUUCAAGAAAAUGCUCCAACAGCGUGCGGAGGAAGAUGCAACUAGCUACAUGCGGCGUCAAGGAGGUGAUUUUGAUCGCCGCAUCGCUGGUGAGAAGGACUUGAAGGACAAGGUUGCUCAAUCUGUCAGGGAUACAGUAAAGUGGCCGAGCACAGUCCAGAGCUUGAAGGGCUUGGUUACUGCCGGCCCAGCAAGAUCGUGGAGAUAUAUGAGUGAGAAGUGGGCGAAAGGCAAGCAAGGCAGCAAGGAAGGCGAGAGCGAGUGA